AGCUAAGGGAGGAGGGGAGGAGAAAGGAGAGGAGGGAGGGGACUUGGCAGCUCCCCGCUCAGCUCCGCUCGGCGCACCCACGCCUCGCUGCCCCGCUUUCUGCCCCCCACCUGGGCAUGCGCCCCCUGCGGUCCCGGCCCCCCAGAACCGGCGCCGACCCCCGGAGCUUUCCCAGAGCCGCCCGCGCAGGAUGCGCGCCCUUGGGCCCACGCCGCUGCCGCCGUCACUGCUGCUGCUGCUAGUGCUUGGAGUCGGGGGCUGGGCUCGGGAGGUGCUGGUCCCUGAGGGGCCCCUGUACCGUGUGGCUGGCACAGCUGUCUCCAUCUCCUGCAACGUGAGUGGCUACGAGGGCCCUGUCCAGCAGGACUUUGAGUGGUUCCUGUACAGGCCUGAGGCCCCUGAGGCAGCACUGGGCAUCAUCAGUACCAGGGACUCCCAGUUCUCCUAUGCUGUCUUUGGGCCCCGAGUAGCAGCUGGUGAGCUGCAGUUGCAGCGCGUACAGGGCGAUGCUGUGGUGCUGAAGAUCGCCCGCCUGCAGGCGCAGGACGCAGGCGUGUACGAGUGCUACACGCCCUCUACUGAUGCCCGCUACCUGGGCAGCUACAGUGGCAAGGUGGAGCUGAGAGUUCUUCCAGAUGUGCUGCAGGUGUCUGCGGCCCCACCUGGGCCCCGAGGCCGCCAGGCCCCAACCUCUCCCCCACGCCUGACAGUGCACGAGGGGCAGGAGCUGGCACUGGGCUGCCUGGCACGGACGAGCACACAGAAACACACACACCUGGCAGUGUCCUUUGGGCGGGCUGUGCCUGAGGCGCCAGUGGGGCGAGCGACUCUGCAGGAAGUGGUGGGACUCCAGUCUGACUUGGCGGUGGAGGCAGGAGCUCCCUAUGCAGAGCGGCUGGCUGCAGGGGAGCUGCGGCUGGGCAAGGAGGGGCCUGAUAGGUACCGAAUGGUGGUGGGGGGUGCGCAGGCAGGGGACUCAGGCACUUACCAUUGCACUGCCACCGAGUGGAUUCAGGAUCCAGAUGGUAGCUGGGCCCAGAUCGCAGAGAAAAGGGCUGUCCUGGCCCAAGUGGACGUUCAGACACUGUCCAGCCAGCUGGCAGUGGCGGUGGGGCCUGGGGAACGUCGGAUUGGCCCAGGGGAGCCCCUGGAACUGCUGUGCAAUGUGUCAGGGGCAUUGCCCCCACCAGGCCGUCAUGCUGCAUACUCCGUGGGUUGGGAGAUGGCACCGGCAGGGGCACCUGGGCCUGGCCGCCUGGUGGCCCAGCUGGACACAGAGGGUGUGGGCAGCCUGGGUCCUGGCUAUGAGGGCCGGCACAUUGCCAUGGAGAAGGUGGCGUCUAGAACCUACAGGCUACGGCUGGAAGCUGCCAGGCCUGGUGAUGCGGGCACCUACCGCUGUCUUGCCAAAGCCUAUGUUCGAGGGUCUGGGACGCGGCUUCGUGAAGCAGCCAGUGCUCGCUCCCGCCCACUCCCUGUGCAUGUGCGGGAGGAAGGUGUGGUGCUGGAGGCUGUGGCGUGGCUUGCAGGAGGCACCGUGUACAGGGGAGAGACCGCCUCCCUGCUGUGCAACAUCUCUGUGCGGGGCGGCCCCCCUGGGCUGCGGCUGGCUGCCAGCUGGUGGGUGGAGCGACCUGAGAAUGGGGAGCUGAGCUCAGCCCCUGCCCAGCUGGUGGGUGGCGUGGGCCAGGAUGGUGUAGCAGAGCUGGGGGACCGGCCCGGAGGAGGCCCUGUCAGUGUGGAACUGGUGGGGCCCCGAAGCCAUCGUCUGAGACUACACAGCUUGGGGCCUGAGGAUGAAGGCGUGUACCACUGUGCCCCCAGCGCCUGGGUACAGCAUGCUGACUACAGCUGGUACCAGGCAGGCAGUGCCCGCUCAGGGCCUGUCACGGUCUACCCCUACACACACGCCCUGGACACCCUAUUCGUGCCCCUGCUGGUGGGUACAGCGGUGGCUGUAGUCACUGGCGCCACCGUCCUUGGCACCAUCACCUGCUGCUUCAUGAAGAGACUGCGAAAACGGUGAUCCUCGCUCCCCAGGUGUCGACUGUCUGCAGCCUGGCUCCAGCCCUCCUCAGGUUGCCCGGUUACCCUCUCCCUCUGUCCAAUUUCCUUUAAUUUAUUUGCCCCCUGACCACCCAGAAGUGGGAGGCAUGGCCCCCAUUUCCCACUCCUUCCCUUCCACACCCCUCCCUUUGGUCUUUGGUCUUGAUCUCAUACCCAUACUACAGGAGGUCAUUCCCUGCCCUGGAAUUAGUUUU